AUGCAUUUCUCCACCCUAUGUAACGGCCUCGGCCUCAUGGCCGGGUUAGCAGCAGCUCUUCCCCAUGCUCAUAUGACACGCCAGUCUUCAGGUGCUGAGACCGUUGUCUACUGGGGUCAGAAUGGUGGCGGCACGAUCGAGAACAACGAUCUCUCGACUUAUUGCACCUCCACAUCCGGUAUUAACAUAAUCGUCUUGGCGUUCUUGUACCAAUGGGGUAACGGAGCCACCAUCCCCUCUGGUACUAUUGGCCAGUCUUGCUUCAUCAGCACUUCUGGCGAGGGACAGAACUGCGAUGCCUUGGCUUCGGCCAUCAAGACUUGCCAAUCUUCGGGCGUCAAAGUCAUCCUAUCACUGGGCGGAGCUACUGCCUCUUACUCUUUGUCAUCGGACUCGGAGGCCGAGGCGAUUGGAAACUACCUCUGGCAGGCCUAUGGUAACUCGGGCAACUCGAGCGGCGUACAGCGACCUUUAGGCGACGUCGUUGUCGACGGCUUCGACUUCGACAUCGAAGUCAACCGAGGAAGCGAAUUCUACCCGGCCAUGGUCUCCGCAUUGCGCACCAACUUCGCGUCCGACCCUUCUCGCUCAUACUACACAACGGCGGCCCCACAAUGCCCGAUCCCGGAACCCAACCUCGGGGUAGUCAUCGGCAAUGCCACGUUCGACUACAUCUGGCCCCAAUUCUAUAACAACAACAACUACACUUACCCAUGCGCCCUUCCCGUCAACGGCAACGCGCCCUUCAACUACGAUGGAUGGGUCGAAUUCACCGCCAGCGGCCCAUCGAAGGACGCCAAGAUCUUAAUCGGCGUGCCGGCGUCUCCCUUGGCUUCCAACGGCAGCCCGAGCGGAGAGACGUACUACGCGACCCCUGAACAACUCUUGACCAUCGUCAACAGCGUCAAGGACGAGUCUAGGUUCGGGGGUGUGAUGAUGUGGAGCGCCGGGUUCUCUGACGCGAAUGUUAACAAUGGCUGCACUUUCGCGCAAGAAGUGAACAGCAUUCUGACGAAGGGCGCUGUUUGUUAG